GUCUAAAAGCAGCAUUCGCCCCCCGUGUGUAGCAGUUGCCAGGAAUUCGCCAAAACAAAAAUGUCUUACAAAGUGGAAGCUCUCCCCGAUUCUUAUGCCUACUUGGGCGAAGGUCCCCACUGGGAUGUGGCACGUCAAAGCUUGUAUUAUGUUGACUUGGAACGCGGUUUUAUCCAUCGUUAUGACUACAAACAGAAUAAGGUGUACAAGGCCAAAGUGGAGGGUGAAACAUUUGCCACUUUCAUAUUGCCCAUUGAGGGCAAACCACUCGAAUUUGCCGUUGGCUGUGAUCGUCGUGCGGUAAUUGUUAACUGGGAUGGCGUCUCGACAGUGGCCAAAGUGGUGCGAACACUAUUCGAGGUGCAGCCCGAUCUAAAGGACAAUCGUCUUAAUGAUGCAAAGACCGAUCCUCGUGGUCGUUUCGUUGGUGGCACCAUGGCUUGCACCGGCAAUAUUUUCGCUCAACGCAAAGGUGAACUGUACUCGUGGCAAGCUGGCGGACAGGUGAAGCUGAUCAAAAGCGAUGUGGGCAUUUCCAAUGGCUUGGCUUGGGAUGAGAAGGCCAAGAAGUUCUAUUACAUUGAUACCAAUGACUUUGAGGUUAAGGCUUUCGACUAUAACGUAGAUACAGGAGCUGCUAGCAAUCCCAAGGUUAUUUUCAAUCUGCGUCGCAACAAUCCACAGGAUAAUCUGAAACCCGAUGGCAUGACUGUUGAUACCGAUGGCAACAUCUAUGUGGCCACUUUCAAUGGUGCCACCGUCUUCAAGGUUAAUCCAAGCACUGGCAAAGUUCUGCUGGAGAUCACCAUACCCACGAAACAGAUCACUUCUGUCGCCUUUGGUGGACCAAAUUUGGAUAUUCUCUAUGUGACAACAGCUGCGAAUAAUGAGCAACCUGCUCCAGCUGGCACCACCUACAAGGUGACCGGCCUAAACGCUAAAGGUCUUCCUGGUGUCAGUCUAAAAAUCUAAAGAGGCUCUAGCUAUCUAUAUAAACGUAAUCAUAUUGUUAAUAGUUUUUGAUCUAUUAAAUAUAAUACAUAUAUAUUUUCUAUAAAA